AAACGUUAGCCAAGCUUUAGUCGAACGCCGGCUGGUGACUUGGGCUGAACGUGCUGAACGAAACGAAUCGUGCGUGCGUGUGCGUGUGUGUGAGCAAGCAUCCUCGAGCGAGAUUUUGGAAGGUUUUUGUUUUCGCGUGUGUCCAUCUGUGCGUGUGUCUGUACGCAGUCUUAUAAAUAAUACAAGCGUCGUUUUUCACCGGGCCACAGGGUAUUUUAGAUUCCGGGUGGACAUUUUGCCGACCAUAGUCGAUUGUUGUGCUGCCAGUGCAAAUUGCCGGACAUUAAUAUUGGCACUAGCGUGGAAUCGCGGCCAACUUUAAGUAGAGUGGAAGAAUCGGGAUUUUUUGUUUGGUUUGGUGGAGCAAGAAUUAUUUGUACUUCUCGUUUGCUGGCUGGCCGCUUGGUGAGCCGUCCACAGUGAGGCGCUUAAUUUAUCAGCGCUCUGCCAACUCAGUGACUAUGUGGAGCUUGCGCGUGGUGAUUGCCCUGUGCGGCGUGUGCAGCGUGUUCGGUGCUGCACUGAACGAUAACAUCGAUAUCGACAUCAAGGUCGACUCGGACUCGAAGCUGUACCAUCAGGGCAGGACGGUGGAAGGCUCGUUCAACUAUGGCUACAAUGUGCCGCGGCGCAACUACAACCAGUACCAGCACAAGGUGAAGGGCCCGGACGGUGUGACGUACGGAUGUUACGGGUUUGUCGAUCCGACCAACGGUACCCAUCUCUACCACUACGUGUCCGAUCUGAAGGGGUACCGGGUGGUGCCACCGAACCAACCGACCAAGGUGUACAGCGACCGGGUCGCUAACAGUGUGGCCAACAUUUACGAUGCCGUCGGUGAAACGUACGACUGGGAAAAGCUCUACUUCCCCGACGUCUGUCGGGUGCUGCAGAAGAGCAAGGAAGAGCGCAACGAGCUGUCCAUUCCGAGAGGCUUCCAGGUGAACGAUGACGGCAGCGUCACACAAACGACCCAGAAACCAAAGGCUUCGGCACCGACCUCGAAGCGACCGGCACCCUCACCGUCACCCGCUGCCACCCGGCCACCUCCGCCAUCUUCCCGCACCACUCGACCGACUCCGCCCCGUACCACGCCACGCACGACUUCGGGCGCAACCCGGCGUGCCCAAUCACCAUCGACCACUGCCAAAGCGACCACACCGCGUGCAGCGGCCCCUGCUCCAACGACCCGCAAACCAACGCCGAAAUCGUCGCCAAAAGUAACCACUACCCGCCCAUCUCCCCGACCAACGACGGCCGCCCCACGCCAGCAGCCACAGGCGCCCGUGACAACGCGUGUCCCAGCGCCGGUACAAACGACCCAGGCUCGUACGGCACCGAAGAACACGCUCAAGCCAAACAGCUUCCCGGCUCAGCCCUCGUCCAAGCCCAGCGGCAACAAGUUCGGCAACAACCGGGAUAACUUCAUUGGAGCUCCGGCCACCAACCAGGCGGAAACGCUCAAACCACCACAGGAUCUCCAAGCGGUCGGGCAGGAUAUUUCCGAGCUGAAGCUGCUGCUCCAGAUGCUGCUCUCGUCGCUCAACACCGCUCCAAAGUCGAAGGCACCAGCGGACUGUGACGAUAACGGUUCGCUCGGCGCAGUCAAUCCCAACGCGAAGCAGGUGUUCCUGCCGCUCGUCAUCGUCGACUCGCUGCCCGGUGGUCGGGGAGCGGUGUCGCAGGGGGCCGGUGGACUGCCCGCCGGUAGCCAGUUUGCCAUACCAUCGCUUGGUUACGGUCCGUCGCGGUGUAAUACCUGUGGUUAGCGAUGUGGGGUGGCGAUGAAAGAGCAGCAAAGCAAACCCAUAUUGUCGAUCCUAUUUUUAAGUUUUAAAAUAAAUAAAAUUAAAAAAAACGA